CAAUGUUCUUCUGUGUCAGUUCCCUCCAUAUCCCAGCCCAGCUGCGCUUUGAUCAUUCACGUUUCCUCCAAAUGCAUGUUGUCUUUAAUUAAUUGAGUGUCUUGCGGAGAGCGAGGUGAGGGAGACAGGCAGAGAACAGCUAUAGCUACACAAUUAAAAUACGAACCAAGACUGCUGAGUUUACUGAAUGCUGAAGUGACUAAUAAGCUUUUUUGUGGUUAAUAUUUUGCUCUGAGAACAGAUCUAGGAGCAGAGAUGGAGGGCAUGGAUUUUGAGGAUGAGAAGUCCAAGAGGUACUGCAUGAAGAAAAAGCAUGUGGCUAUCAUCUGUGGAGUCGUGGUUGUUGUAGGACUUGCUGUGGGGCUUGGUGUGGGAUUGAGCAGACCUAAAGCUUCAGAGGCAACAGAGCAACAACCAACACCAGAUCAGACGACAACAACGACGACAACGGCAACUACAACAACUACAACAACUACAACCACGGAACAGCCUCCUCCCCCAGUGGAUUUGGGUCCCUGUCCUUCCAAGAAUGAUGACACUGGAGACUGGAGAGAGUUUAGGCUGCCCACUUAUGUCAAGCCUGUCCACUAUGAUCUGGAAAUCAAGCCUGAAAUGGAGCAAGACACUUACAGUGGGACAGUCAGUAUAUCUAUAUCUUUGGAAAAACCAACCAGCUCCCUGUGGCUUCACCUGCGAGAUACCAAGGUUACAGAAAUGCCCACACUCCGGAAAUCCUCAGGACAGCAGAUUGCUCUGAAUGACUGCUUUGAGUACAAGCCACAAGAAUACAUUGUGAUGAAGGCAGCAACAGAGCUCCCUAUCACUGGUGAAAAUGAUCUCUAUGUGCUCACCCUGAAGUUUCAAGGCUGGCUGAAUGGUUCGCUGGUUGGGUUUUACAGGACCACCUAUACUGAGAAUGGACAGAUCAAGAGCAUUGCAGCUACUGAUCAUGAGCCAACAGAUGCGCGGAAAUCAUUUCCCUGCUUUGACGAGCCAAACAAAAAGGCAACUUACACCAUAUCCAUCAUCCAUCCAGAUGUGUACCAAGCACUUUCAAACAUGCCAGUACAGCAAACUGUACAGGUUGGUGAUGGCUGGAAUCGAACAACUUUUCAGAAGUCAGUCCCCAUGAGUACUUACUUGGUAUGCUUUGCAGUGCACCAGUUUACCUGGGUAGAGAGAACAUCUGCAAGUGGAAAACCUCUGAGAGUUUACGCCCAGCCACAGCAAAUACACACGGCAGAAUAUGCAGCAGAUGUAACAAAAACUGUAUUCGACUUCUUUGAAGAGUACUUUAAUUUGAGCUACUCUCUUCCAAAACUGGAUAAAAUAGCUAUUCCAGAUUUUGGGACGGGUGCUAUGGAGAACUGGGGGCUGAUCACAUACCGAGAAACAAACCUGCUGUAUGAUCCUGCGGAGUCAGCCACAUCCAACAAGCAGAGAGUAGCUGCUGUGAUAGCCCAUGAGCUCGUUCAUCAGUGGUUUGGAAAUAUUGUGACCAUGGACUGGUGGGAUGACUUGUGGCUAAAUGAAGGAUUUGCCAGUUAUUUUGAGUUCCUGGGAGUAAAUGCAACAGAACCAGAUUGGAAAAUGCCUGAACAGGUUUUAAUUGACGAUGUGCUUCCUGUACUGAUGGAUGACUCUUUGCUCUCUUCGCACCCAAUUGUAGCCAAUGUGUCAUCUCCAGCUGAAAUCACCUCUGUGUUUGACGGGAUAUCCUACAGUAAGGGUGCAUCAAUCCUCAGAAUGAUUCAAGACUGGAUUACUCCAGAGCUCUUCCAGAAAGGCUGUCAGGCAAGUAAUAAACCUGUGAAGGAAGUCAUGGACACCUGGACUAGGCAGAUGGGCUACCCUGUUUUUGGAGAUGGGAGCAUUCAGUAUUCACACAGAAACGUUUUCUUUUUGGAUCCCAGUGCAAAUGCUUCUCAUCCUCCUUCUGAUCUUGGUUACAAAUGGAAUAUACCAGUCAAAUUUAAGCGUGGUGAUACAUCAAAUUAUACUUUCUACAAUGCAUCAGAUUCUACAGGAAUUCAAAUAUCAUCUUCUACUGAUACUUUUGUGAAUGUUAAUCCAGACCACAUUGGAUUCUUCCGGGUGAAUUAUGAUAGUCAAAACUGGGCCAGCUUAAGCAAUCUUCUGCUUCAAAACCACAUAAUGUUUUCACCUGCUGAUCGCGCAGGGAUUUUGGAUGACGCUUUUUCUUUAGCGAGACCUGGACUUGUGAGUUACACUGUUCCCCUGGAACUCACAAAAUACCUAGGAAAGGAAAGAGAUUAUUUGCCUUGGAAUAGAGCUAUAUCAGCUGUAACUUACCUUGCAAACAUGCUCGAAGAUGAUCAAACUCUCUAUCCCCUGUUUCAGCAAUAUUUUAGCAAUCUGGUAAAACCAACUGUGGAAGAACUGGGCUGGGAGGAUUCUGGAGACCAUUUGCAGAGGCUUCUUCGUGCAUCUGUUCUAGACUUUGCCUGCAGUAUGAAUGACUCAGAAUCUUUGAACAGUGCUUCUCAGCUUUUCAAUAGGUGGUUACAAGGAGAAACUAUUCCUGCAAAUCUCCGACUUAUAGUAUAUCGCUAUGGGAUGCAGAACUCAGGCAAUGAGACAUCAUGGAAUUACAUGUUCGACAAAUACCAAAAAACUUCAUUAGCCCAAGAAAAAGAAAAGUUGCUAUAUGGCCUGGCAUCAGUGAGGAACAUCACCCUUUUGGACAGAUAUCUGAAGUAUAUUUACAACACCAGCCUCAUUAAAAGCCAAGAUGUGUUCACGGUCCUGAGAUACAUCUCAUAUAACACCUAUGGGAAAACAAUGGCCUGGGACUGGAUACGACUGAACUGGCAGUACUUAGUUGACAGAUUCACUAUAAAUGACAGAUAUCUUGGUCGAAUAGUAACUAUUGCCCAAACCUUCAACACUGAGCUCCAGCUUUGGCAGGUGGAAAAUUUCUUUGAAAAAUAUCCUAAUGCUGGGGCAGGAGAAAUGCCCAGGAGUCAGACACUGGAGCAAGUGAAGAGCAACAUCGAAUGGCUGAAAGAAAAUAAGGAGGAAAUACAAUCAUGGCUGAAAAGCGCAGUAGGGCUUCAAAGUCUUACUUUGUGAAAAAGAUCAGGCACUCAGAUCUUCAAAGAUGUUUACCAAUGUGGAUUUCUCACCUAGGUACCUUACUAAGACCUAAUAUUUUUUUCUACAAACACUCAGGAGACCACUGCCAGAGCAAUGUUGGUGUAGUUGCUUAGCAAGAAUAGCUUGAGAUCUGAAUUUGCCUGAACAAACAGGACAAAGGUUUAAAGUCAUUCAAAGCAGAAGUGAUGGCACAACUGGUGUCCUUGCUGAUCACUCUGGACUCACUCCUUAUGCACGCCACUCUGCAAAGCUACUUCUUGGUUUGCACAGAAGUAUGUCUAGUAUACUCAGGGAUUCCUUUCCAAGUUCACCUCAUAGAAGCUUUCUCCUGAAGGAAAGGGAAUUAAAUGGUAGUUUUGGCAUUGUCUAAAAUCAUCUCCUGUAUUCAUAGCUGUAAAAAUUCUGUGUCUGGGAUUUGGGUUUGCUCUCUGAUACUACAGAAAGGCCAGUUAAGCUUUCCUCUCAAUUGAUUUUUGAAGUUUAACUACUAGUACACAAGGGAUCAAUAUUAUCAACUUCUUUUUCAAUUAUUAGUAGGGAUUCUGUAGCUUAGGGGAAGGGUUGUCUUGGUUACUUUUGUCUUAUUUCUAAAUCUUUUAAAAAAAUUAACUUGUGACAGCCAAUACUGCAAACAAGACAUGCUUUACUUACUGCUUCUUUUCUUAUAGAAAAAUUUAAAAUUUAAAAAUCUACAUGAAGUCUCAGUCUCAUUCUAAUGAAAUUAUGAAACUUUAUGGUUUAUAGAAGAACAGCUGUUACAUAGCUCAGCUGUGCUGUACAUAAUAGCUUCAGUGACUUCUGAGGGGGAAGAAACCUAUUAACUCCUCUGAGAAAACACAGAAAAAAUGGGAAAUGCACCCAGAGAGGUCAGAUGAGUCCCACUGCUGCAACUGAGUCUAUUGCAGGACUACAGACAGCAAAGAAAGAAUUCUCAGUCCCAAGUCCCUCCGCCCUUGUGAUGCUGGAGAAGGCUACUCUGUCUCUCCCAAGCUGGAAGCUGGGGGAUUUUGGAGUUCCCAGGUUUCCAUGUGCUGUGUCCUGACACUGGACAAGCAGCAAAUGUGAGCACGUCCUUGUCUUCUCCCUGGUCUCCUGAACAGAGACCACAACCAGCUAGAGCCAUUGUCUGUCCAUGUGUCCUGGGAGCAGGAUCACAGAGCACCCCAUAGCAGGUAGCCCAGAGAGAUUUCAUGCACAGCUGUCAGGAAAUUCUGCAGUUGGAUCAGAAGACAGGAGCAUGGAAAAGCCUUUGAUUACCUUCAUUCUGCAAUGCUAUUCAAAGGGAAGAGGAGAUGACUGUAAGGUACAGUAGUUUUGGUACAGGCUAUGUGCUUGCCUCUGGGCCUUGGUACAGAGGACUCCAGAACAACUUAUACAGUCCCAGAUGGAAACACUUUCCUCCACUUCCACAUUUCACUCAAGGCUGGUACUGUUUUGUGCCUCUCUCUAGACACUCAAAUAGCUGUGACAAGCCCAGACAAAUGUGGUGACAAAGUCAGUUGUCCUGUUGUGCUGGUUUUGGCUGAGAUAGAGUUAAUUUUCUUCACAGUAGUUGGUGUGGACUAUGUUUUUCAUCUGUACUGGAAACAGUGUUGAUAAAACAGAGAUGUUUUCAUCACUGCUGAGCAGUGCUUACAGUGUCAGGGCCUUUUCUGCCUCUCACACCAACUCACCAACAAGGAGACUGAAUGCGCAUGAAGUGGGAGGGGACAGAGCUGAGACAGCUGAUCCCAACCCACCCACAGGAUAUUCCAUACCAUAGUGCAUCAUGCUCAGCAUACAGAGAUGGAGGGGAGAACAAGGAAGGGAUGGACAUUCAGAGUGAUGGCGUUUGUGCUCCCAAGUAGCCAUUAUGUGUGAUGGAGCUCUGCUUUCACAGAGAUGGCUGAACACCAGCUAGCUCAUGGGAAGUGGUGAAGGAAUUCCUUGCUUUGCUUUACUUGCAUCCAUAGCUUUUGCUUUUAUUAGCUUUUUAAUUAUUAAACUAUCUUCAUCUCAA